AUGCCACUACAUUCUCCUUCGGCUUUAGUUGAGCAUUCUGCCAUUGUUGUAAAGUUGACCGGGCUCUAUGAAGAACCACCAAAGAAUCUUCAUGCUUCUGCUGCCAUACAACAAAUUCCUUUAUCCAUGCGCCAACAAUCAGACAUGUGGUAUUGGAAUCAGAACAGGCUUGGGGUUUACAAGGUGAAAGAAGGAUAUAGACUUGCUAUAGAUGAAGCGGACCAUCAGUUUUAUUUGAAUGAUGAUAUGUGGGAACGAAUUUGGAAGGUGAAGGUACCAGCAAAAGUCAAUUUUUUUAUAUGGAGAGUACUUCGUGGGUGCUUACCUUGUAAUUUUAAUUUGAGGAAGCGUAAGGUUGAAGUACAGGAUGCUUGCAUUGUUUGUGGCUUAUUCCAGGAAACCGAGUUACACCUGCUUCAUGAUUGUACUCACGCCCAAGCUGUGUGGGUGUCUUCCAUAAUAGGAUGGGAACCCAUACAUGAUCUUAAAAUAUGGUUUUCUAAUCUUAUUAUGACAGGUACACAUACCCAGAAAGAAGAAUUAUUUAUGUUGUCUUGGAGUCUAUGGCACAGCAGGAAUCAAGUAUUAUGGCAGCAGAAGCAUGAAGAUUCUUUGGUGGUUCUUCAUAGAGCCCGGUCAACUUUACAACAAUGGCAGAAUGCUCAACUAAAGCCGAAGGAGAAUGUAGUGGCAUUGGCGCGUAAUAGACAAUGGAUAGCACCAGAAAUUGGAAAGUUCAAAUGCAAUAUUGACAUAGCUAUUUUGACAAACAGCAGGUUCGGGUUGGGUUUUAUUCUGCGUAAUCAUCAGGGGUUAUGUGAGGCUGGAAAGAUUGAAGCUAUUUAUGGGAAUGCUGACCCAACGAUAGGAGAGGCGUUAUGUUUCAGAGAAGCACUAAGUUGGUUGAAAACAUUGCCAUAUCAUCAUGUUACUGUGGAGACGGAUUGCCAGGUAGUAACGAAAGCCUUGAUAUCUCAAGAUAAUGAGGUUUUAUCUUAUUUUCAGAGUAUUAUCGUUGAUUGUAAAGCUCUAUUAAAUGAGCUACCGAAUGUGAGUUUUCGUUUUGUGUAUAGAUCAGCGAAUCAUGUUGCCCAUUGUUGUGCAAGAGCGGCUGGUUCCAUGUCUGGUCUUUCUUGGGGGGUAUGCCCUCCUAAUUUUCUGUAUGAGACUUUGAUGAUGGAUUUUAAUAAUAUGCGCUAA